GAUCAGUGUGUGGGAAAGUUUUUGAUUUCAUAAUGGGGUUAUUCGGGAAAACACAGGAAAAACCUCCCAAAGACCUUAUCAAUGAAUGGUCGCUCAAAAUUCGGAAGGAAAUGCGCGUGAUUGAUAGGCAGAUUCGAGACAUACAGAGGGAGGAGGAGAAAGUGAAGAGAUCAAUCAAAGAUGCUGCAAAAAAAGGACAAAGAGAUGUUUGUAUUGUUCUGGCUAAAGAGAUGAUUCAGUCAAAAAAGGCUGUCAGCAAACUCUAUGCCUCUAAAGCCCAGAUGAACUCUGUCCUUCUCAGCAUGAAGAAUCAGUUGGCUGUUGUUCGGGUGGCUGGUGCACUGCAGAAGAGCACAGACGUCAUGAAAGCCAUGCAGAAUCUAGUUAAAAUCCCUGAGAUCCAGGCCACCAUGAGAGAUCUCUCCAAGGAGAUGAUGAAGGCUGGCAUUAUAGAAGAGAUGCUGGACGACACAUUUGAGAGUAUGGAGGAUGAUGAGGAGAUGGAGGAAGCAGCAGAGGCUGAGGUUGACAACAUCCUCUUUGAGAUCACAGCAGGUGCCCUCGGAAAAGCUCCCAGCAAAGUUGUAGAUCCCCUCCCAGAGCCUGAGCCGGUCGGUGCCACAGCAGCGGUGGAGGAUGAAGAGGAGGAAGAGGACAUUGAGGAAAUGCAGUCUCGACUAGCUGCCUUAAGGAGCUAAAAAGGCUUUCUCUGUCCACUUUAAUUACCGUCAGGCAUUUACGGAGGCCUCAUCUCAUUUCUCUCUUAAUCAUCUUCUCUUUUCAUUUCCUUUUCUUUGUGAGCACUGACCUGUGUGGACUCAAUGGGUUAUAGCAAGCUGUGUAUUUUACUGUACUCUAUUGACUCAGUUUAUUUAGGAUUUAGAUCACAAAGUAAAGGAGAUUGGGGGAAGUAUUGAUUUUUAUCCAAGAAAGGGCUAAAGAAUGGAUACAGUGGAGUGGUUUAUAUUAAAACACAUAAAGCUUUCCUGGCACACUGGUUCCAGCAUGACAGAUGGUGAAUGGAUAUUUUGAUUGAUUAACUUUUAAAAAAAGACUUUUUAUGAGAGAAGCCCAUAAUCAUUUCUUUAAACGGAAAUAUCAGUCUAGUCCAUUUUGAAUAUGUGGCUAUAUCCAUGCACACCCAGCCCUUGGACAUGCUGUACAGUACAGAGGUGUAUUGGUGUUGGUUUGUCUGUCCUUUUCAUUUCUCUUAUGGUUCUUUGUUUCUAGGAUGGGGGCUAUGGUAGACCCUUAUACUUCUUCUAGCUGAUCACCUAUGAUACAUUGGCAAGAGGAGUCUGUUGUAAAUCUUGUAAGAAAAAGAUAUAUUUAAAAGAAAUGGCCAAUGUGUAUUUUGUAUGU